GAACAGGUCAGUGCCAGUAGAGCCACCCUGGCUGCUCCCCCCUCUGCUCCGCGUGGGUGCGUCCGCCGCCUUCGGCCGCGAAUGGGCGGGCGGAACCAUCGCCGUCAGGUUUUGUCUUGUGUUCCUCGUGUCCUUGUCCCAGAGAGCGGGGUUGGGGUGUCUCUUUGUCCUGACAAGCCUGUCCCCGGGCACGAUGGCGGCGCGGCGCGCGCUGAAGGCCGUGCUGGUGGAUCUCAAUGGCACCCUCCACAUCGAGGACUCGGCCGUGCCCGGUGCCCAGGAGGCCCUCAAAAGGCUGCGCAGUGCCCCGCUGACUGUCCGGUUUGUGACCAACACCACCAAGGAGAGCAAGAGGGACCUGCUGGAGCGGCUGACGCGGCUGGGCUUCGACAUCGCCGAGCACGAGAUCUUCACCUCCCUGACAGCAGCCAGGAACCUCCUGGAGCAGCAGCAGGUGCGGCCCCUGCUCCUGGUGGACGACAGGGCCCUGCCUGAUUUCACAGGGAUUGGCACGGAUAACCCCAAUGCUGUGGUGGUGGGACUGGCUCCUGAGCACUUCCACUACGAGAUGAUGAACAGAGCCUUUCGGUUGAUUUUGGAUGGGGCGCCUCUCAUAGCGAUCCAUAAAGCCAGGUAUUUCAAAAAGAAGGAUGGCCUGUGUCUGGGACCUGGACCUUUUGUGACAGGGCUGGAGUAUGCAACAGACACCAAAGCCACCGUGGUGGGGAAGCCAGAGAAGACCUUCUUCCUGGAGGCUCUGCGGGGCACUGGCUGUGCCCCCGAGGAGGCCGUCAUGAUCGGAGACGACUGCAGGGAUGAUGUUGGUGGUGCCCAGCAGGCAGGCAUGCGUGGGAUUUUGGUAAGGACAGGUAAAUACCGUCCAGCAGAUGAAAACAAAAUCAACCCAGGUCCCUACUUAACCUGUGAAAAUUUCCCAGAGGCAGUGGAACAUAUCCUGAAGCAGAUGUUGUGAGAAAGGGAACAGGUAGCUUGAAGAAACAUCUGCUUCACACCAUUUCCUUCAUUCUUGCUUCGAAAAUUAAGGUCCCAAGAUCAGUGUAUGUGUGGCAUCCAUCAGAAACCACCCUGGGCUGUGAGGGGCAGGGGAUCCAUGUGCGCCCAGCACAGGCACACACAGGGCAAUGUUUUCUUAUUUUCACUUUUCAAAGAAUACCUGAUGAAAGGCACUGUCAGGGAAGUGUCACCUUCUCCAGAAUAAGCUAAACUGAAAACAUGCACUGAAAACACUUGAGUAAAUAAAGAUCAAACAGAGCCUAAGAGCCUCAGUGGCCUGUAGUGAUUUCACUGAUGUCUCUGCUCUGCUCUGACUUAAAGGUAGAGAUUAUGCUCAUUUAGAAGUGACUCUUAAAUGAAAAUAUCACCAUUGCUUAAUAAUAACUACUGUGGCUGUCUUUCAUUAGAGAUCCUGUUAUUUGCUUUUCAAAUUUUACAUAAAAUUAAAAACUGUCAGCAUUUUACAGAUGUUUUAAUUAGAUCCUGUUAUUAAAAAGAAUGAUACAGAAACAAAACUCUGGUAUUAAAUGCCUUAGAGACUGUGACUUUUUAAAAUUAGGCUUCAGCAGGGUCCUAUUAAUGCUACAGUUGCAAAAUUUCACUUUUGUUGGGGAUUUUUUUGUUUCUUUUUAAUGUUAUGGAAAAAAUCCUUCACAAGCCAUGGGGACAGAUUCCAGUUUUUACAGUUGGUUAGCAGAGCUGUAAAAUGAAAUUUAAUUCUGUAGUGUGCAAUGCUUUUCCUAUGCACUACAUCCCCCAAUUUGAACCAACUUUGUAAUGAUGGUAAAUGGCUUUUCUGGUCCAUUUGCAAACUGUAAUAAUCAAAGUCCUUUACAGUUGUUUUACAGUGCUCCUGUGUGUUAAAUUAUUAGAUUGUAAUUAUGCAUUACUGGAGUAUUAACCUUAUUGAAAAUACAGUUUUGUGUUAAUGAGC